UGUGGUGAGAGGAGGAGGUGCGUCGAGCUCCUCCGUGUCGAACUAACUUUUUUUGACGUCUUCCCCGACUGGAAAACAUUGGUGGGAAUUUGUGCUUGUUGAUCGUAGGCUGUGAAUAUUCUGAAAGGAGGAUUGUACAGUGCUUUUCGUAUUGUCCAGUGGACCCGGAGGCUUUGGUGAUCGCCUUAAAAGUGAUAGUUUAGAACGUGGACUUGGAUUGUGCGCCAUAUAAGGUCAUCUGUCUGUGCAUCAGAAAUCGUGCCGGGGAGGAGGUCAACGCGCUCAGGUCAUAUUAACAGAUUGGCCGUGGCUGUUAAUUGCAGGACCGCCUGACCUGACGGACGCCCGAGCCGCGACCGCCCAGCCGACGUAACCGGACCGUGGAUGUGUCGCCGUAGUGUGUCCCCGUCGUGAUAUGGGGCGUGGGCGUACGAGGCGCGGGCGCGAGUGAGGGCACCCAUCACGAUGCCCAUGGUGCGGCCCGCUGGCCCGCCCGAGCCUCGCAACCACGCCCGUGUGGUCCGCACGGAGUCCCUCAAGUCAGAGCGCUCGGACAAGCGCGUGUCCUUCAACAAGGACGUGGGCGUGAAGCACAUCCCACGCGGCCAGAAGCAGCAGCAGAUCAAGAACAACCUGGUGCGCGCGCCGCAGGAGGACGAGUGGGCUCACUGCGCGGCCGUGCACCGCGAGCCCGUGAACCUGUCGUCGCGCGAGUUGGAGCAGCAGGCGGAGGACCUCGUCAAGCUGCUGGACCACGUCAACUGCGACACGGCCGGCGCGGCCCUCGCCCACAACACGCGCUCGCUCGACCGCCCCAAGCACAAGAACAACAAGAACUUCGCGCACCACCACUAUAACAACGUCAUCGUGAACAACGUGCGCAACAACGCCGGGCCCAAGAACACUAACGUGCUGAACGGCGAGCCGCGAGGGCGCCCGCGCACGCUGCCCCCCGCGCGCACCGCCAACCCCAUCAACCGCCGCGUCAAGGGCGACGUCAACCGCGCCGCGCACCCGUCCCCCUCCCCCCUGCCCAACGGCGGCCCGCUCGCGCACCGCCACCGCUCGGCCGACCACCUGCCGGACUCCGACCUGGACUCGCCCCCGCUGGCGCGCCGCCCGCACCCCCUGGCCGGCCAUAAGUCCGUGCCCGACCUCAACGCCGUCUACUACGACAACCACGAGGCGCAGUCGUACAAGUACCAGCACCUGGCGGGGCGCGACCAGGACCCGGUCAUCGGCUACAAGUCGGGCGACGCCUUCUACGACCGUGAUGAGCACGGCGCCAAGCUGAACCGAGCACAGAGCGCCGGCUACAAGUCCGUGGACAACCUGACCGAGCACAGUCAAGUGCCCGGCGGGCGGCUGCAAGGCUUCAAGUCAGUGGGUCACCUGCCCAGCACGACGCUCUCCGACAGCGACGACGACAUGUCGCGGCCCAAGCCGUACAAGAACAAGGUCGGGAACAUCAUUAAGAAGUUCAACGCGGAGUCCGACGGGACGCGGCACUCCAACGUCCUGCUGGAGACCGAGAUGGACGUCAGCCCGCGCGGGACGCUCGAGCCCGACCGCUUCCGCAACCACAACAACAACCAGCCCUUCAGCUACACCGGCAGCCUCCCGAUGGCCACCGUGCAGACGGUGCGGCGCCUCUCGCCCACCCGGGAGCUGCCGCCUCGCGCCACCCCCCCACGCGACUCCCCGCCCAGGGACGCCCCCGUCUAUGCUCAAGUCAACAAGAAGGACGCGCGCGACGCCGAGAGAAACUACCGCAACGCCCGCCAGGAGCGCGAGUACUCGGCCAAGAUCAUCAUCACGGACGACGACCACCGGCCGUACCAGGACCAGUACGAGGACCACUUCCGCGACGCCAACCCAAAGAACCACUACCAGGAGGACGACGACGCCUACGAGAGCUACCAGGUGCCGGAGGACAACCUCAAGAGACUCCUGCACGAGGACAUCAUGCCGGCGCGCAUGCUCAGCUCCGAGGACCUCCUGGAGGAAUACAAAGAACAAUCCAACAACAACAUCAACAUGUCGUCUGUCGGCGUUCAGACGGACGCCCUGCCGAAGGCGCCGUCGAGGUCCCGCAAGACACACAAGAGCUCCUCUCCCUCGCCGACGCGGCAGCACCAGUCGCAGCAGAAGCAGUACCAGGUGAAGACGCAGCACAUCAAGAACGAGCAGAAGCACCACCAGAACUACCAUUACGAGCGGGAGCCGGACCAUUACCCGGGCUCGAAGCACCACCAGCGGGGAGGCAACAUCCACAACAACCUGACGUCGGCGACGCUGGUGCGGCAGGUGAACCACGGCUUCGGGCGCACGGACCGCUCGCCCUCGCCGCCGCUCAGGAGGCCGCAGACCCGCCAGCCGCGCCGGAACGUGGUGCCGCUGCUCUCAGACACGUCCGACUCCGAGGCCGAGCACCGGCGGCGCACGGUCGACCCGCUGGCCCGAAUCCGAGACCAGGUGAUGCAGCGGGAGAAGCUGCAGGAGGAGGAGGAGGAGGAGGAGGAGGCGAGGAACGGCCGCAUUGGGAUCAAGGAGAGCGGCGUCAUCCCGUACCGGCCGGAGGAGAUGAUGCCGCUUACCAUCGACGAAGUGGACGCCCUCAGCCUCGUCAUGGAGGACACCGGCAAGAAGUCGCUCGUGGUGUCCAACCAGUCGCAGUCCACGUCCGUGACGCGCACCACCAACCACCGCUCGCGGCGCAACGAGACCGUGACGGAGCGCGUCCACUCGCAGCCGCACAAGGACAGCCUGCCGCGGCCGCAGAAGCCCCCGCGCGAGAAGAACCACGCCAUCCGCGAGCCGACGCCCACGAGGGGGCACAGGGAGCAGACGCCGACCCGGGGCCACAGGGAAACAACGCCCACGCGCGGACAUCGGGAGCCCACGCCAACUCGCGGACACAGAGAAACCACGCCCACGCGCGGACACAGAGAAGGUACGCCCACGCGCCUGCCCAGGGAGGCGACGCCCACGCGCGGACACAGGGAGACCACGCCCACCCGUGCCCACAGGGAGGGCACUUCGUCCCGCCCCCGAGACCAGCGCAAAGAUCCGCCCACGAUGGAGAGGAACAGGAAGAACAACUUGGAGAAGGAGCGCGCGGCGAAGGCGUCGAAGCAGAAGGAGGAGAAGAAAGAGAAGAAGAAGAAGCGAAUCAAGAUCAAGUUCUUCUACGACCCGCGCCCGCAGGACGAGCCCGACGUGGACCCGCUGGCCAAGUUCACGGAGUUCCGCGGCUCCUCGACCGACGACGAGCGGCGCCAGGACGACGCCAAGGACGAGUUCCGCCACGAGCGGACGCAGCGCGACGAGUACCACCGCAGCGAGCAGAAGGAGGUGCGGGAGGACAGCCGCCCCCGCCGCGGUCUGCCCGAUGUCCUGGAGGACACCACCUCCCUCAGGGACCGGCGAGGCUCCCGCGAGCAGCUGAACCGGUCGCGCGAGCAGCUGAGCAAGUCCCGCGAGCAGCUGGCCCGGUCGCGCGAGCGGCUGGACCGAUCUCGCGAGCAGCUGGACCGGUCGCGCGAGCGGCUGGACACGACGCCGCGGCAGGUGCGCCACAGCAGCAGGGACGUCCGCGAGACCAAGACGAGGGAGGUGUCCGUGGACGCCCACAACGGCUACGGCACGAAGCGCCGCGACUCCAAGGACUCCCGAGACUCCCGCGACAACCGCAACCGCGAGGCCGCGCGCUCGCGCUCCCGAGACGACCUGGCGGCCUACGACGAGUCGCCGGACGAGCGCCGCGACGACCACGACGACCAGCAUCCCGACGGCGACUACGACGACGAGAACGACGAGCGAGGCUCGCCCGACGGCAGGCCCGGGAGGAGCCUCAGCGACAAGUACCGCAGCGGCCCGCUCUACGACCCGCCCGCGCCCGGGGACCAGCCGCCCGCGGAGCUCAUUCCGCACACGGAGGACGAAGAGAAGCAGGAGAAGAUCAUGAGGCAGAGGAAAAAGUUCUUCUCCGUCCUGAUGAGCGACGGACGCAACAAGCCAGGCAAAACAAAGACACCGGAACAAGGAACAAAGACAUUGAAGACGAGCAAGAAACCCCCCGCGCCGCAGCCUACCCCCCCGCCCAACGCCAGCCCGGAUAAGGCCAAGAAUCAGACUCCCGCAAAGAAGAAGCCAGCAAAGAAGAAGCGUGCGUGGCCGUGGGCAUUUCUGGGGCUGCGGGGGGGCGGGGGGCGGGGGGCGACUCGGGCGGCACCCCCGGGUCCUGGCUCGUCUCGCAUCGGGUCCUCGCGGAUGUCGUCCAGGGCCUCCUCCCGCGCCUCCUCCCGCAGUUCCCACCGCCCGCGACGUCCCAGUGUGCGAGCCUCCAAGAUCCGCCGUGAAGGCCAACCGCUGUGGUUCAACCGCGAGCGCGACGAGGAGGCGGCGGGACCAGCCGCGCCGCCGCAGUGGGAGAGCUCGACGCUCAACCGCGCGGAGCUGCGCGCCAAGAAGGACGCUCGCCAGGGGGACAACAGCGGCUUCUCGACAGUGCAGCGCCCGAACACGGGGCGCAAGUACUCAGCAGAGUCCUCGGCGUCCUCCGAGGCGCCCCCGCCGCGGGUGGCCCGCACGACCAGCUUCAAGCACCGCUACUUCGGCGACACGGACAUCGAAAGCAGCCACGGCGUCGGCGCCGGCCCCAGCGUGCCUGACUACCGCAGCCUCCCCAACCGGUCGUCGCGGUCCGCCCACCGGAACGCGGGCAAGGGCAAGAGGGCCACGAGCGGACCGCGGGGCGUGUCGCCGCCCUCGGGGGUCGCGGGGUCGGCCGGCAGCUCCCUGCAGAGCAGCGAGAGCGAGGUGGACAGCCACGGCGGCUCGCACGCGUCCCGCGCGUCCAAGGCCUCGCGCGUGUCCACGGGCUCCAACCGGUCCGUGUACCUGCACGCCACGGCCGUCGCCGACAUCCCGGUGCGGCGCGCGUCCGAGGAGGUGCCGAGCGAGCGCGGCGUCAACCGCCAGACCAAGAAGGUGUCGCGCUCCUUCUCGCUGCUGGCGCCCUGGAAGCCCAGGCACUACCGCGAGAAGUACGAGGUGGAGUACGACAACCGCGAGGCGCGCGAGGCCCGCGGUGAGGCCAACAACAGCAAGGGCGCGCUGCCCCCCCGGCCCCCGCGGCGCCCCGCCAACGAGGCCCCCGACAGCAAGAAGGUCAACCGAUCCCAGAGCAUGUACAAGGACUCCCGCCUGGCCGGCUGGCUCAGGCGCCGCAGGAACAAGGAGGCCAAGGGCAUCUGACGUCAGCCGACUCUCGAGGAGGACUCGGAGUACCUAUGAGCCGCCGCGCGCCACAGCCUCCACAGCAUUCCUCGGGCGUCCCGGCUGGGCCGUCGGUCCCGGGGCUGCCGACGGCGGUGCCCCGUCCCGGCCGCCGGCCCUCACGUCACCAAACUUUGACUUCCAAGUCGCAUGCCAUAACUCUCAGCCAUGUGUCCUUAAAUUUAUAUAUAUAUAUAU